CAUUCCUCUGGCACUUGGAGGACACUGCCCAGCACUGGUAACUGCUUCUGAGUGAAAGACCUGCCUCCAAGUGCUUCUGACUCCUGGAGAUAAGGUCCCGGGUGACCAGCUUUUCUGCCUCCCACAGUGGGCAGCACUUAGCCAGGUGUGUAGCUGGCCCUCAUUGAGAACUGUUCUACCUAAGCUGAUCUAUCAACCUGGAAAGAUCACAAUCUGAAGGCAGGAGCCAGAGAUUCCUGGGGGCUCUUUUCUAGUCACAAAUACGGCAGCCCAUCUGUCCCAGGCUUAUCUCACCAUAUUAGACUGGCACACUCAUGGGGCACACCCAGGCUUAUCUCCUGCCCAAAUUCAAACUUGGCCUGUUGACACUGUGGAUUCCUUUUUCUGAACCUUUAGCUCUCUUCUACCCCUGGAUCCAGGGGGGAUGAGCUUCCUGCUCCAUCUUUCCAUUCCCAGAGUGUCAGGAUGCCUUUGGCUUUGGCUGGCACAGGGGUGAAGGAGAGCCAGCAGCAUUGAGUGACCGGGCGAAUGUGCUUCCAGGAGAGUUCAUUCCAACCCUCCCAGUUCCUACUGCUGGUGGGGGUCCCGGUGGCAAGUGUCCUCCUUCUGGCCCAGUGCCUUCGAUGGCACUGCCCUAGAAGGCUACUGGGGGCCUGCUGGAUGCCGAAUGGUCAAGAGGAACCAGUGUCCCAGCCUACCCCUCCACCAGAAAAUGAGGUCUCAACGCAGCACCUGCCAGCCACACUGCCAGAGAUGGCUGCCUUCUAUCAGGAGCUGCACACACCCACUCAAGGCCAGACCAUGGUCCGCCAGUUGAUGCACAAGCUGUUGGUGUUUUCGGCUCGAGAGGUGGAUCACCGCGGCGGUUGCCUGAUGCUCCAGGAUGCAGGCAUCUCCUUGCUCAUCCCACCAGGUGCUGUGACUGUGGGCCGCCAGGAGCGGGUGUCUUUGAUCCUGGUGUGGGACCUUUCGGACGCCCCAUCACUGUCCCGAGCCCAGGGGCUGGUAAGCCCUGUGGUGGCAUGUGGCCCCCAUGGGGCCUCCUUCCUGAAGCCUUGCACUCUCACGUUUAAACACUGUGCCCAGCAGCCCAGCCAUGCUCGUACCUACAGCAGCAACACUGCCCUGCUCGAUGCCAAGGUAUGGAGGCCCCUGGGGCAGCCGGGGGCCCACGCCUCCCGGGAUGAGUGUCGCAUCCACCUCUCCCACUUCAGCCUCUACACCUGUGUGAUGGAGGCACCUGUGGGACGCGAAGCUCGCAAAUGGCUGCAGCUGGCCGUAUUCUGCUCACCGCUGGCGCCAGGACAGUCCCACCUGCAGCUGCGUAUCUACUUCCUCAACAACACGCCCUGUGCCCUGCAGUGGGCACUGACCAACGAGCAGCCCCAUGGUGGGCGCCUGCGUGGGCCCUGCCAGCUCUUCGACUUCAGUGGGGCCAGGGGUGACCAGUGCCUGAAGCUCAAGUACAUCUCAGAGGGUUGGGAGAAUGUGGAUGAUAGCAGUUGCCAGCUGGUUCCCCAUCUCCACAUCUGGCAUGGAAAGUGCCCAUUCCGCUCGUUCUGCUUCCGGAGAAAAGCAGCCAAUGAGAAUGAGGACUGUUCAGCACUAACCAAUGAGAUCAUUGUCACCAUGCACACCUUCCAGGAUGGCUUGGAGACCAAGUAUAUGGAAAUCCUCAGAUUCCAGGCAUCAGAGGAGGAAUCCUGGGCAGCACCGCCCCCUGUCUCCCAGCCGCCCCCAUGCAAUAGACUGCCCCCAGAGCUCUUUGAGCAGCUGCAGAUGUUGUUGGAGCCAAACAGCAUCACAGGCAAUGACUGGCGCAGACUAGCCUCUCACCUGGGGCUUUGCGGCAUGAAAAUCCGGUUCCUGUCCUGCCAGCGCAGCCCCGCAGCGGCCAUCCUGGAGUUGUUUGAGGAGCAGAACGGCAGCCUGCAGGAGCUGCACUACCUCAUGACCGUCAUGGAGCGGCUAGACUGCGCCUCCGCCAUCCAGAACUACCUGAGCGGGACCCACGGCGGCAGCCCAGGCUCCGAGCGCGGGGGCGCCCGGUAUAACCAGGGCCUGGAGCUGGACGAGAAGCUCUGAGCGCCCAGCGGGCAGGGCUGGAGGAGGUGUGGGGGCGAGAGGGGUUGUUUCCCCACGCCUAUGAGGAACACAGCAGCUGUUCCUGGCUGUGCCCACCACCCUUCCCAGAACCCUCGGACGGUGCCCGGGGCUGCCCGCGAAGCCGGAGCGUCCUCGCCAGCCUCGCAGCAGCAGGCGCGCCCUUCGGGCCGCCAUCUGUCCCGCGUGCGGGUCUCCUCCUGGCCGGCAGAGGGCGCAGGAGCCCAGGAGAUGGCCUCAGCGUGGCCCGACUGCCGAAAAUGACCAGGGGACGGCCACGGUCCCCGCGUGCACUUUAGGGCCAGUCAGGCCCCGAGUAUUCACUGAGCGCUCAGGCAGACCGGACAUUGGGCUGGUGUCAUGAAGAAUACUGGAAUAUAGGAGGCAGGGACUGGAGCCCUGACAAGCACACAGUUCUUUUGCAGGAGUCAAGAUGUUCUCAUAGCAGCCAGGGGCAAACUCGAAAACAGCCCUGACCUGUGGUUGGGGGAUGUGUGUGUGGCUUUAGGAGUUGAGAGGGGAAGAGCUGAGUGCGGGCUGGAGCAGCGAGAAUGCUUCACAGAGGAUAUUAGGGAGAGAGGAUUUGACUUGCUGAGUGGUUUGUAGAUCUUUAGGUGCGGGUGGGGGAAGAGGGUGGCUGAACUUAGGUAGGAGCCGAGAGUGGGCAUGGGAGCCCAGCCCCAUGGGUGUGAGGCCUGGGUAGGACAUGGCUUCCCGGCUAGGCACGCCUGGCUGUCUGCCUCUGCCUCCGCCUCUGCCUCUACUAACUUCCUUUGUCUGUGUAUCCUCCUGCUCAGGUCUUGUCUUUCCCUCUCUCUGCCAUUUUCUCUAUCAGAAAACAUUAAAGCUGAGUAGAAACUUCAAGAUGAUCAUUCUGGCCCAAUCCUUUUAUCUCUUUAUCUCCAACGGUGUGCGUUUUGAGUCUCUCUGACUUGGUUUUUCUGUCCCUAUCUCCCGCAGUUGUUCAGUCUCUGCACCUGUGUUUCUGUUUCUCUCUCUCUCUUAGAUCUUUUUGUUUCUGCCUAGUCUCUGUGCCCUGUCUUUGUUUCUUUCUCUGUCUGAAACCCUCCCUCUUUUCCCUUCAGGCGAAUGUCUCUAAACCAAUGUUGUGUGUCAAAGACUGUUGAAAGAGACAGGGCCACUCUAGGAAUGGAUGGGUGGGGAUAUUUUCCUUCCCCAUGGAUUAAGAUCCAGUUUAGGGUCAGGAAAUAAAGGAUAGGGAUGAAAGAGCACCCUAUUCAGUCAGCAGAUACUUAUUCAGCACCUACUAUGUGUUAGAUACUGUAUACAAAAGACAUGAAUGGGCUGGGUCCUGAACAGAGAAUAAAGGGUUUGACUCCAUUCUGGAAAUGCUUUUGUUUGCAAACAGGUGUUGUUAAUUUGCUCAAAGGCAGGCAAACAAUCUCUCUGGCAACACAAUUUUCUUCUGUAUUUAAUUAAAAAAUAUUAAAGCUUUUUUUCUAUGAUGAAUG